GUGUGCGGGGGUGGGGCGGGCCGGGCGCUGGGUAGGAGCAGAAGCUGCGGGAAUCCGAGCUGUGAGACCUGCCAGGAGGCGCGGCAGCGGUGCCUUCUCUCCGCGGAGCUUGAAGCUGGGCACGCUGGGGACCAUGCAGAGGGCUGGGGCCGGGGCCCGAAGGGCUUCCGACUGUGGGCCUGCACCUUACCGGCCCAGGUGCAUUGCCAAGCUUGCCCAGUAUGUGGGAUCCUUUCCUGUGGAUGAUUUGGACACUCAGGAGAGCGUGGGCCUCGUACAGCAGCAGCUGUGGGCCCUGCAGGACUGUUCCCGACGCCGGGCUGUCAUCCUGAAAUUCAGUCUUCAGGGUCUCAAGAUCUACAGUGGGGAGGGCGAGGUGCUCCUAAUGGCCCAUGCGCUGAGACGCAUACUCUAUGCCACCUGGUACCCAGCUGCCUGCCAGUUUGCUUUUGUUGCCCGGAACCCACGCAGCCCAGCCAGCAAGCUCUUUUGCCAUCUCUUUGUGGGGAGCCAGCCUGGAGAGGUCCAUAUCCUGUAUCUGCUGCUCUGCCGUUCCUUCCAGCUUGCAUACCUCUUGCAGCACCCUGAGGAGAGGGCACAGUCUGAGCCUUGCCUGGCACCUGUAGGGGACCUGUCCCCGAAGCCACUCUGCAGCCCUGGGGUAUCCCCUGCAUUAGUGCGGGAGCCCUUCAGCCGGGAUCAGCUGUCACAGAAUGUCCAUGCCCUGGUCUCCUUCCGGCGGCUUCCUGCAGAAGGGCUCCUGGGCAGUAAUGGGAAGGAGCUGCCAGAGUCAGAGGGCCGUGGGGGCACCCGUCAUAUUCGCCUGGGGAACCCCUACUGCUCACCCACACUGGUGCGCAAGAAGGCCAUUCGCAGCAAGGUGAUCCGCUCCGGGGCCUACCGAGGCUGCACCUAUGAGACCCAGCUUCAGCUGUCAGCCCGGGAAGCCUUUCCUGCUGCAUGGGAGGCAUGGCCCCGUGGCCCUGGUGGCCCCUCGUGCCUUGUGGAGAAUGAGGGAAGCCUGACAGAGAACAUCUGGGCCUUUGCUGGCCUUUCCAGGUCCUGUGCUCUUUCCCUGCUGCGGAGAGAUGUGCAUGGAGCCUUCCUGCUGUGGCCGGAGCCAGGUACCAGCGACCAGUGGAGCCUGUCUGUACGGACCCAGUGUGGUGUGGUGCCUCACCAGGUCUUCAGGAACCACCUAGGCCGGUUCUGCCUAGAGCACCUGCCAGCAGAGUUCCCCAGCCUGGAGGCCCUGGUGGAGAGCCACGCCGGGGUGGAACGCAGUCUCUUCUGCCCACUCAGCAUGGGCCGUCUCAACCCUACCUACGAAGAGCAGGACUGUGGGACUGAGGGCAGGUUCCCACGGACUCUGCGGCCCCUCAGCCACGCCAAGUCCGAGGCGGAAUUGCAAGGCCUGGGCUAGGACACAGCAAGCCCCUAGUCCCCUGGCCCCUGGGCGGCUGGGGUCAUUCCACCCUUCCUGCACCCCACCCGCUGAUCACCAGCUCCAAACAGGUCAAUCUGCCCCUCGAUUGGUCUUCCAUCACUCCACUGCCAUGGGAGAGGAGCCCUGUGGUGGAAGUUGGAGAUGCCAGGACCUCUCCCAGGACCUGGGGCCAGCUGAGAUACCAGGAUGAGCAGGUAGAGCCAGGGUGCUGGUGACCCUAGGUGACUUUGGGGAGUGGUCAUGGCCAGGUUCCUAGUGUCAUCCUGGUGCAGAGACUUUUGCAGCAGUUCCUGGAGGUGGGUGCAGCCCUUGCUGGAGAUGGUGGGGAACCCCAGAACGCUCACCACAGGGAAGCAGAUGCUUAGGGGGUUGCUGGUUUGCACCAUCAGCUCAUUUCCUGGAGUGACUCUGAGUGGGACUAGCAGUGAGCAAACCGCACUCAGUUUGGUGGCUGCUUUAGGAAGCCACCUCCUGCUGGUGCUUCCUUGAACACAAUGCUGACCGUUGGCCAUGGCUGGCACUGGUAACCUCAGCCCCAUUUGCAGUGGAGAACUAGGAUUAAUGCAAGUCCCACGGGGGUGGGGGGGGGGAGUGACAUUAGCAAGGGGCAGUCCAGGGACAGAUGCUAGAGGAAGGCAUUGGUCCAGCCAGGGAAUGUCAAAUUCAAGCGUCCCUUAAGUCAACUCCGAAGAAUAUAUGAAUCCACCCAAAAGAACAGACUUCUUAGGUGGUGGUGGUGGUACACAUCUUUAGAAGGCAGAGGCAGGCAGAUCUCUAUGAGUUUGAGGCCGGCCUGAUCUACAGAGCAAAUUCCAGGACAGCCAAGGCUACUCUGACUCAAAAAAUAAAAAAUAAACAACAACAACAAGAUGGAUUACCUUUGGAAGCAGAGGGGUAGGCAGGGAGGAGGGAUGUCUUCAUUUAGUGCCUUGAAUACCACAGGUUUCAGUGGAAGCCACAGGUUUUGGGUUUUGGAUCCCUUGGGAAGGAAGAAGCCUCUAUUGAACAGAGAGGGGACAAAUUGGGGAGAAAGAUGACAGCCCAGGCUGGGUGCUUCCGACAUCCCUGUCUCACCCCCCUCCCCGACAUUGGGAUAAGGCCUCAGCUCAGUACGUGCAUUGCCAUUUCUUUCACUUUCAAGUGAGGCAUCUUGUGAGGGAUGGAGAGAGAGGCGCCUCUGGAACUCUUUCACAAGAGUUCACCUCCCAUGCCAUGGCCACUUGCAUGCCUACUCCUGAGUAGGGCCUGGUUGCCAUGGGAGCAGAGAUUAGCAUAUCCCGUGUCCAACCCCAGAGAGUUACACCCAAGGAAAUUUGGUAACUACCUUGGCCCAGACUCUAGGCCAGGGCUCACCUCCAUGAGGGUAUGUUCAUAGUGUGAAUCUCCAAUGUGUACAAUACCAGGAGAACCUCCGCACAUCCAAGGGACCAGCCUUCCCCAUGCCCUUUGACAUUUCUUCCAAAACAUUUAUUGAUCGCAUGGUACAAAUGGCGCAGUCUGGAGCCCAUGUGUUCAGACAGUGUCUUAUUUACAGGCCAUGGCUCUGUCUCUAUGCAGACCACCACCACGGCUCUCUUGUGUGCACUUUGAGACAAAUAAACCCCAUUCUUCAGUCGAUUGCA